AAUCAGAAAACCUUUAUGAAUUUCCAACAGCCUGUGCGAUUCAAGUUGAACCACAGCAGUACACGUGGUAACAACACAGAUAAAGAGUAUUCUCUGUGGGUGGGCGACCUUACACCUGAUGUGGACGACUUUGCCCUGUACAAGACUUUUGGAAGCAGAUAUAACAGUAUCAAGACAGCAAAAGUUAUAUAUGAUCCAAAUGGACAAAGCAAAGGAUUUGCUUUUGUGAGAUUUUAUUCAGAAGAUGAAUACAAAGAUGCCCUUACGCACAUGAAUGGCUUCAAGGGCCUGGGGCAGAAACCUCUGAAAGUGAGUUAUGCUGUGCCCAAGAAGCAGCAUUACCCUGGCAUGAAUCACAUGGGUGGAGACUAUAGCCAGUACUAUGAGCAGUAUUGGAACAAUUAUGCUGCCUGGCAAAACUACGGCACAUACUAUGACCCCUACUCAUCUUCCUAUGGAGACUACAACACUGGUUUGGAAGGAGGCACAGGAGAUGCUAAGGACACAAGCAAGGAAGAUUUUGAGCCAGUGGAGUGGAAUGUCCCCAUUGAUGUUGACAAGGCCAAUUCGGAGUACAUAGAGAGGAGUGAGGAACUGUGGCAGGCGAUUGAGAAGGCUCGCUGGACUUUCUGGGAAGAGGCCAAGGAAGACGAAUGAGAUAAAGAGAAAAGACGCAGCAGUAGAGUUUAAAGAAGGGUUGAUUUGUCCCAUAAUCUGUAUUUAAACCAUUUACGAUUGUUGGUUUGCUUUUCCAUAUGAAUGACGUAAGCUUUAUUCUUUGAAAAAAAAAACACACAAAAAACAUUGUAUGAAUGUGUAAUAUUUUUGUUUGUUUUCCAAAUACAUGUAUAAAACUGAUA